AUACACACGAACCGCAACUCGCCUCUUCUUUCAAAACAACCAAUCGUCGCUCCUUUUAAAAACCCCUCCUCUACCGUCUUCGCCCAUCUCGCGCGGAAAACACCCUUUCAUCUCCUUUCCCCCUUCCGCCUCACUCGAUUCAGACUAUCAUCAACUUUCAACCUCCCACUGGACCUCAGCCUAGCCUUUUCCUUGACUUUAGACCUUAGAUCUCUCUCUACGACCCCACUCGGACGUCGGUCGCAAUCAGCCAAUCUUUAGGAUAAAGAACUCGAGUUCAGGACCAGAGACCAUCGCGAUGUUUAGCCCGAUCAAGACCAUCCUCACCGCCUCCCUCUUGACACUCACCACCCUCACGUCGGUCGUCAAAGCUCAAGGAGAUCUGUCGGCAUUGAACAACAUCACCUCGUUGACGGGAACUUGGAGUAGUGGGAGUGGUGGGGUACAGACCGGAGGAAGUUUCUGUAACCCCCAGAACUUUUCGUUCACCUAUCCGACGACUACGGGGAUCAGUUAUUCUUUCACCGACGAUGGGCACUUCGAAGAGGCUCAAUAUCGAUACAAUGCCAACCCCGCCGACCCCCGGUGCAUCACGGCCUUCAUCCUCUGGCAACACGGACGAUACCAGUUGAACAACAACGGGUCGUUGUCCCUCUUCCCGUUCUCGGCUGAUGGAAGGAUUCAGGUCCAGGACCCUUGUGCGGCCGUUACGAAUUUGAUCACUUACUACGAUCAGAUGGUCAUGUUCCAAGACUGGGGUAUCCAGGUCGACUCGAUCAAGGCUUCGUAUGCGCUCCAGCUGAACGCCUUUGACGGGAAGCCUCUACCGCCAUUGUACUUGGUUGCCAAUCCGCCCAACAUGUUGCCUACCGUCAUCCUUACCGGAGUCAACGCUACGGGUCAGGCGUCCAAGCGUUCGUUGGACGAGGACGAAGAGGUCGAGAAGCUCCAAAAACGAUCGGGAGCCAUCUCAGAACGAGGCGUUGGGAGUGUCCAGGCUGUUGCCGGGUUGAUCGGAGCGGGGCUCUUGAUGAUGACCGGUUUGAUGGGGCUUUGAGCGGGGAACGGUUCGAAUGGCGAUGACACGAGCAGGCGAGACGAGAGGAAGUGGCAGUUGGAGGGGAUACACGGCUACUUGAGGGGAAGGG